AUGGGCUUCACAGUGAUGAACAGCCUGCGGAAUACGGUAGAACCAGGGAGAAACGGUUCCAAGAGAUUCCUCACCCUUCACCUAAACACUGUCUCUCUCGUCAGCUUGUAUGUCCCGACACUCUCUGUUACGUCGGACACCAAAGACGAGUUAUAUAAGCUGGCAGGCACCAUUAGCAGUAUCCCCAUCAAGGAAAUACUUGUUCCCCUGAACGUCUUCAAUGCCAGGAAACUCGCCGAACGUGUCUGCCUAGAGUCGCAGUGCAUUUUCCGAGCUGAAAGAUCAACGGUAGAAAUGUUGUUCUUCCUCCGCCAGGUCCAGGAAAAGUGCAGAGAACAGCAGAUGCCCCUGUACGUCGCUUUUAUCGAUCUCACCAAGACGUUCGAUCUCGUCAGCAGAGAAGGUCUUUUCAGAAUUCUGCCCACGAUUGGCUGCUCACCCAAGCUGCCGAGUUUGAUUGGGUACUUCCACAGCGAUAUGCAAGGGACUGUGGCGUUCAAUGGCAGUACAUCUGAGCCCUUCAAUAUCUGCAUGGUUGCGUCCUCUCAUCGGGAUUUGCUUCGCUCUAAAACAUCUCUUUGUCUGGUUCUCAAUCUAUCUAUCUAUCUAUCUAUCUAUCUAUCUAUCUAUCUAUCUAUCUAUCUAUCUAUCUAUUGUAGUCUCUUCAUAACUGUCUACCUGUCGUUAUCUAUCUAUCUAUCUAUCUAUCUAUCUAUCUAUCUAUCUAUCUAUCGUACCUAUCUAAUAUCUAUCUAUCUACCUAUAUCUAUAUAUAUCUAUAUCUAUCUAUCUAUCUAUCUAUCUAUCUAUCUAUCUAUCUAUAUAUAUAUAUAUAUAUAUAUAUAUACAUAUAAUACCUAUCUAAGUCUGUUUUUUCAUUAUCUAUUUAUCUGUCUAUCUAUCUAUCUAUCUAUCUAUCUAUCUAUCUAUCUAUCUAUCUAUCUGUGUACAUUUUCAUUUUGUUUUAAUUUUCUUCUUAUUAACUUAUUUUUCUUUUCUUUUCAUUUUUUUUUUAAAUAUUUUCUUUGCUUUCUUCAUUCACUGAUUUAUUUUUCUUUUUCAUUCCUUCUUUCACUUCUUUUUUUAUUUUUCUCUUUCAUUACUUUCGGCUGUAUUGAGUCGCAUUUGAAUACUUCGAGGUAUUUGUAG